GUGCUUUUCGCAUUCUCGUGCUUCAUAGGCACUGGAGGCCAAGGUAACAGCACAACCUCAACCAAUGGCACAUCUUCGACCAAUGGGACAGGUUCAACCAAUGGCACAAGUUCGACAAAUGGCACGACUUCAACCAAUGGCACAGCUUCAACCAAUGGCACGGCUUCGACCAAUGGCACGGCUUCAACCAAUGGCACAGCUCCAGUAAACGGAACAGCUCCAGUAAACGGAACAGCUCCAGUAAACGGAACAGCUCCAGUUAAUGGUACAGCUACCAAUGGCACGGCAACUAACACUACCACUCCCCGAACGACAACAGUAGAUCCCGCUACUUGUAAGAUUUUAUCAGCUGCUAUGAUACGUUAUCUGAAAGAACUAUUACAACUGCUAUGUACUUUAGUAGCCAACUGCGACAGCGUCCGGAUGCCUAAAGAAGUACGACAAAGAUUCCUCGACCAACACAAUCUGCGCAGAGGCAGUUUGGCCAGAGGACUCAGUGAACGUAAUGCAUUCGAAGGGAAAAACGAGAUUGCGCCUCCAGCAGCUAAUAUGUAUCGUACGUUAUGGAGUUGCGAUGCUGAAUCCUAUGCUCAGUCGCACGCUGAUUCGUGUAAUCAAGCCUUACAACCAGUGGAUGUUCAUCCCGGUCACAAAGAGAACGUCUACAGAUUUAACGGAACAGGAGACCAGCCAGGGGCUGCUGAAGCGGCUAUGAAUAACUGGUGGAGUCAGUUGGCGAGGAACGGCGUCCCAUCAAACAUAGCAGUACACACAAGCAGUUGGCGAACGCAACUGCCCACAGUGACUUCAUUCACAAAGAUGGCCUGGUGGAUUACACUAUCAAAAAUGGGUGUGUGCUAUAAACCAAUGCAAUGGUUUCAUGCUCGUUGUCUGUAUGUACAGUCCAGGGUGAGUUCAGCAGUCCUUGCCUAG